AUGGUCGUGGGCAAGAUGAAGUUAACUUUCCAGAAAAGGGUAAAGCUGGUCCAGGGUUUGGGGUUGCUGUCAUGGCUGGCAACACUGUGUGGAGCAAUUACCUUCACUUUAGGAUGCUUCCUAAAGACUGAGUUUCGAAGAAGAAGCGAGGUAAUGGACAACACAGAUAUCCACUGUGUACCCAACACCUUAAUGAUUGUGGGCCUGGCAUCGAUGGGCAUUAAUUACUUUGCUGGUCGGAUUUGCCAGGAUGCCCUAGAUGCUGGUCGUUUUCCACGAUGGAAGACCUUCCUAAAGCCCUUUUAUGGAUGCUCAAUAUUCGUCACCACCCUUAUGUUGAUAGCAGUUAUCCUGAGUUACGUCAUGAAGGGCAGCCUUGAGUCUUCACUGAAGAUCGGGUUAAAGAAUGGCAUCCGCUUCUACAAGGACACUGACACCCCAGGUCGCUGCUUCCAAAAGCAGACCAUUGACCACCUUCAAAUGGAGUUCCAGUGCUGUGGUAACAAUGACUAUAAGGAUUGGUUUGAGGUGCAGUGGAUAAGCAACCGCUACUUGGACUUCAGCUCAAAGGAAGUCAAGGACCGCAUUAAGAGCAAUGUGGAUGGCCGCUACUUGGUUGAUGGUGUGCCUUUCAGUUGCUGUAAUCCUAGAUCCCCCAGACCUUGUAUCCAAUACAAAAUCACCAACAACACUGCCCACUACAACUAUGACCAUCACACCGAGGAACUCAACAUCUUCAUUGGUGGUUGCAGAGAAGCCCUGGUCAACUAUUACAUGGGGCUGAUGAAUACAAUUGGUGGUGUAGUACUGUCUGUCUUUCUCAUCCAGAGCUCAGUUCUGGCUAGUUUACGCCUACUGCAGACUUCUAUGGAGGCCGUUGCAGGACAGGAGAAUGUAGAGAUCGAAACCGAAGGCUACUUGCUAGAAAAGGGAGUGAAGGAGACCCUCAUGGAGUAUUUGGAUCCUGUGCUGAAACUUAUGUGGCUGAACCAGGUAACCUCUCCUGAGGACACUGGAACAAAAAACGCCGACAGCUAA